ACUUUUUUGGGUGCUCGGGAUCGCCAGUAGUUCCUUCAUUCUCCGUCGCCAACUCCAGAGACUCCGUGCUCUGCCAGGGAGCUCCAGUCAGAGGAGCGGCGACCCCUCAGCCCGGAGCCCCGGCUCGGGGGAUGCGGGCGCCGCCGGCGGCACCUGCGGCUCCUCUCGGCGGCGGCGGUCGCCUCGGCGGCAGCAGAGCGGGCCCCAGCAGCCUCGGCAGCCACAGCCGCUGCGGCCCGGACAGCCUCCGCCGCGGUCGCAGCUUCUGAUGCGCCUGCUCGCUCCCGGCCCCGCGGCUCCGGGAGGAUGUGGGUCCUCGGCGUCGCAGCAACUUUUUGCGGAUUAUUCUUGCUUCAAGGCUUUGCGUUGCAGAUUCAGUGUUACCAGUGUGAAGAAUUCCAGCUGAAUAACGACUGCUCGUCCCCCGAGUUCAUCGUGAAUUGCACGGUGAACGUUCAAGACAUGUGUCAGAAAGAAGUGAUGGAGCAAAGCGCAGGAAUCAUGUACCGCAAGUCGUGUGCAUCGUCAGCAGCCUGCCUCAUCGCCUCGGCUGGGUACCAAUCCUUCUGCUCCCCAGGGAAACUGAACUCGGUGUGCAUCAGCUGCUGCAACACCCCUCUUUGCAACGGGCCCCGGCCCAAGAAAAGGAGCAGUUCUGCCACGGCCCUCCGGCCAUGGCUCCCCAGCACCAUCUUGCUCCUCAAGAUAGCCCUUUUCUUGGCACACUGCUGAAGGCAGAAGGAGAUGUCACCCCUCCUGCAUUGUUCUUCUGGCCUGCCCUCCCCCUGCUCCCCGAGAUUCUUCUGGGUGUCCUUUUAUUCUGGGUAGGGAGGGGAAUCUGUUCUUUUAGUUCCUUUGGAAACAAAGAGCUCAGUGUAAAAAAAAAAAAAAAACAUCUUUGUGAGCUCUGAAUACAUAGAGCUUGAAUUUUCAGUGUGCCCUUAAAGGAAGGAAGGAGGUGGAAUGCAAGUUGGCCCCAUCUGUAAUCAGAGUUGAGGCCAGGCUGGCAGAAUCAGCCCUUAGCUGACACUUCAGUGGCUGUCUGCUUUCUUCCCAGGCCCGUCUUCCACUCCUGUCCCUGAUGGGAGCACAGUUUCUUAUAUCACUGCUGCAUGAAGGUAACAUGGCUUUCGUGUAAGGAGUGCCACUUAGCAGUCCAGCCUGCCUUCCUCAGCAGUCACACUUCGUGCUCCUGAAAACCAUUCCUGGUGGCAGGGUUGGCUGGUUUCCUCUCCAAGUUGGGUUCUGGUGACUCACAACUCAGCUCCUGAGGUUUAGACUCGGGCUUGGCCUCGCUGUGAAAAGUGCUUAAGAAAACCAUGUUAGCUCUUGCAGAGGAACUGCUGUGCCGGGAAGCCGGGAAGAUGAGCGGGUGGCGCGCAGAGCGGGCGCUGUCCAUGGUGGAGGCCAUGUGGGCACGCAGGUGCUUCUCCUGGUUGGCGUGCGGCAGCGUCAGGUGGCAGCGCAGCACCUGCCCGAACACGCUUCGGAACUGCUGCGAGGACACGUUGUACAGAAGUGGGUUGACGACGGAGCUCAGGUAGAAGAAGGUGUCUGAGAAGGGGAGGAGGAUCAUGUAUGCCCGGAAGUAGGACUUGGUCCAGUCGUGCUUGGGUGUAGCCGCGGCCAUGAUCCUCCGAAUCUGGUUGGGCAUCCAGCAGACGGCCAAGGUCACAACAAUCAGCCCUGAGCAGGCAAGAGGGAAGGAGAAAGAGGAGAGAAAUCAUAAGGCCAAUGAAAAAAAAUACCCAUAACAUAUUUAGUCCCUCAGUUCUGUGCUUACUGGCAGGGAAAUGAUACCAAUUUUUCAAGGUGCACUUGAUGGGCUUUUUUUUUUUUUUUUUUUGGCCACUGGCAAAAAAGAAUUUAACACUGUUUUCAAGGCCAGGGGAGUUAACUGUGUUAAAGACCAUUAAAUGCUUUAGACAAGUUAUUUAUACCUGUUGAUACCUGUUAAUUUAAAAAGUGUUUUCAUUGUUGUGUAUCUAGAAAACAUUUUAUGUAGUCCAUAAAUCUUGUUUUGUCCUUUAAAGAUAGGUGGAUACAGUAUAGCCAUAUCAGAUGAAGUAAUAUUUGUAGUUUAAAGAAUGCUUGCAUAGAGGCGAUCCAGUGAUAUUUUGAAGAAAAGGGAAGUGGCAUUCUUUUGGUAACAGAGAAUUAUAUUUAGUGACAUUAAUUGUGCAUUCCAUUUCAGGGGAGGCAAAACCAGGAGUCACCGAGAGUGUGUUUUGGACAUAUAUUUAGUAGGUAUGCACACCUGAAAUUACAAUGUUCAUAUCUGCAAGAGCAUUUCUGUUUCUUUUCAGAUGUUUUUAGCUAUGUCAUAUCUUCCACCCUCACAGGGGGAAAAAGGUAACUAUCCAAAAAUAAUGGAAAAUACCUAACUUCAGGUUCAUAACUCACUAGCUCACUUUUUAUUGCACUAAGCUGCACUGUGGUGGCCCAGAAAAAAAUCAGGCCCUAAAAAGAUGCCCCCAAGAGGAUCAAAAGUUGACUACAUGGACAGACGUUUGCAUGCCCAUGUGUUUGCAUUCUGAAUUACCCCAUCAUUGCUCUUUGUACCACCCUUGACAGAGAAAAAGAUGCUGUGUGAUACUUGUUAUCACACAGUAGUUAUCCACAGUGACCAAAAGCAUCAGUAAAACAGCAGACAAAGACCAGGCACCUGCAGAGCACAUGCCCUCAUCUCUGUACAUGCCAAGACACCAAAUGUAAGUUGCUACAUAAACCGCUGAUAUCCUAGAGCUGUGUUUUGGAUUUUUAAGAAAUUCUUCCUCUCCUAAAUUUAAGUAAUAGAAAGAAAAAUUCAUUCACAUUUUCAAACCCUCUGAUCUUCUAGGAAAUUACAGAGAAGUGAUUGUUGGCAAUGACCCCUCCUUGCCUCUGAUCAAUAGUAAAUAUUUCAUUCAUGCUCCAGGAAGAACAGCCCUCUUUACCUAUCUGGGGUUGGCCCUCCCACACACACACACAGGCGAGCAUCCCUUGCAGGGUAGCAGAGGGGCCCUGAUUAUAUUCUCUGGCACUGAAAUUCCCCAGUCCCCUCCACCAGUAAAUCCUUCCACUAUCCCAGCUGUCAGCAAAGAGGGCCCAGGAAACCUGCUCCCCUUAUUAAUUUCUAAGGGUUUCUCCUGUCCAGAUUCAGCCCGAACUUGAAAUACAAGCCAAUUUGCUUCUUUCCUUUGAGUUUCCUACCCUUUUUUACCUUCAGAACACUCAGUAAAUCUAAAAAUAAACUAGGCAAAGUAACAUAUCGAUCUGAUGAAAGGCAAAAAAAAAAAAAAAAAUCACCUUCCGAGUACAUUCUGAAAUACCUAGUUACAGCUGCUGGAUGAGAACAAAAAUCAACAUUUUUCUGAUUGAUUAUAUUAAAAAAAAAAGCUGCAUAGUAAAUCACGGACUUUUUUUUCCAUUGCUCUAAGCGGGAUGGGUGCACCCAGCCACCUGUACUAUUCCAAGCAUGUUCUUUUGUUGUGUCUCCUUGUUUUUAUCUCAAGUAGCUUUGACUGAAAGGUUCAUCCCAUUAAUUGUGAAGGAGCCAGGCAGCUCACUUUACCUAAGGGAAGCCACAUAUCUUUACCAAGUUUUCAGUGUUUUCCUCUUCCUUGCCACUGAAUGUCUGAAAACAAGUAACAAGCAUCUUCAUAUAAGGUCUCAUUUCUUAGAAUAUGGAACCUGGACACAGGAUUUUCGAUGUGUUGCUAUACUGCACUGUGGGAAGUUGUACUUUUGGAGGCAAGAAAGAGCCACCUUGUAGUUACCGUGGGUUGAAUCUAGUACGGCUUCUAAAGCAAGGAGAAAGAGGAGGCAGCUGUGUGGGCAGAGGAGAGACGUUCUACAAUUUUGCUUCUCCUGUCCGUCCUCUUGAUCUCUUGUUUACAUGACCCUCAUUCUCCCAUUACCUUCACCCCCUUUGCCUGGUAUCAACUGUCAUUGAACGACCAUCAUCCCAUCAAAUGAAGCAGAGUUCCAUAAAAGAAAGGCCCAGCGUCCCGGGUAGGAGGCAAGGGAUGAGGGCAGAUGAAGGACUUGUGGCUGGUUUACAGUUUCAGCCAGAAUAGAAUUCUUGCUUCAACAGUUAAAGUAGUAAGUAGGGGGGACCUUAGUCCAGUCCAGGGGUCCCCAGCCUCUGGGAUCUAAUGCCUGAUGAUCUGAGGUAGAACUGAUGUAAUAGAAAUAACAUGCAUAGUAACUGUAAUGCACUUGAAUCACCCCCCAACCUCUGUCCAUGAAACGACGGUCUUCCACAAAACCAGUCCCUGGUACAAGAAAGAUUAGGGACCGCUGCCCUGGUUUGAACAAGUAGCAGAAGAUGAGGAACCAGACUAGAGAUUUUCCAUUGAUGAGAAAAAAGAAGGCAAAGUUUAGACAUGCAAGACAAUACAAAUUUGGGGAACAAGUGAAACAAGGCACUUAGUUAGAACUGGUCAAGGUCUAAAAGAUGAGGCAUCGGACAGGUCAUAAGAUGUAAGCAAGAAGGAUGCUAAUUGCUUACUGUGUUUUCCCUCUGUUAGUUUCAAUACUUAGUGCUCUCUGCUAAUUUCCUGUGCAUUUCUCAUGACUGCUAAGACAAAAACUGCUCUUACCUUCAUUUUAUAGAUGAGGAUAUUGAGUCUCAGAGGUUAGUUAGCCAAGGGCGAUAGCCAAGACACAUGCUUACUGGACUUCAAAGUCCACAAGCUAUGUUUUUUUUUUUUUCUUGGACACAAUAUUGUCUCAUUUUAGUAUGAAAAAUAAAACAAGCAAGAAAGUAAACAUGAACCAUAAUCCCACUAUACAUAACAGGUAUUAAGUAGCACUAUUCACCAUAACUGUGCCAUAUGUGGUCAUUUAAAAAUCUCAACCACAUUCAGAAAGAGGUGAAGUCAAUUUUAAUCCAGUAUGCCACGAAUAUCAUUCCACACAUGGUUUCAAUGUGUUAACCAAUCAAAAUUUUUAUACAGCAUUUUACAUUUUUUUCUCACUAAGUCUUUGAAACCCAGUGUAGCUUUUACAGCAUAUUUCAGUUGGGACCAGGCCCCUGUGGCUAGUGGCUAAAGUAAUCCUUCAUUCCCCUUCCCCAAAGCAGCAAGACUCCUUAUUUCUUCCUCUUCCCAGUCCCACCAUUGCCCGCUACCCAGCCACAUCCCCAGAGAGUCCCGCCAAACCAAGGAAACCCCCAAGGAAUCUCCCACUCAGCCUGUAUUUAUCCUCCUAAGAUUCUGACAAUGCAGGUAAACCAAGGUUUAAUCUGGAUCAUAUUUCUCAUUACACAUUCUCACCUAUAGCAUAGACCAAGUCCAUCCAGUCUUUUCCCAUAAAGCGUUCCCUAUAAGGGAUGACAAAUUAUUUAAAGCCUAAAUUCUGAAAGCACACAAUUUUACAUUCUAAGCCUUGCAUAAUCGUUCUGGAAUAACACAGACUGUGCCAAACACCUGCCAGAGCUGCUCGAAUAAACUUCCCUAUCUCAACUGGAGGUGGGGAAAAUAGCUGGUACCUUUCCUCUUGUGCUUCGAAAGGUGAUUUUGUGCUAGGAAAGUGGAGCACUGGACACACACGUACAGCCAAUGGCCAACAUGAAGUGUGUGCCAUAGCCUUCAUAUGUAUGCCAUAGCGAAUGUGAUACACAGGUCAGCCUUGCUGAGGAGGAGGGAGUCAGAUUAGCCCCCUUAUAAAAUUGUUGUUUUAUAUUAACAGGUAAAUUGCUCAUGUUUACAUUUGAAAACAAAAGUUCAUUAUUUUAGAUGACACAUUGCUGAGAAUAAACACCAUGUCCAACAGUAACGUUUUAUGUUGGCUGUUUACAACUGGUUCAGCUCCAGUCUCAGCUUCUCCAGAGCUGAGACAAAGCUUUAAAAUUUUAUUCAUGCCUUAAGAGAGUAUAUUAAAGAUUUGACUAAAUUUACGUUGGGCUGCAAUCAAUUUGGACUUGUAUAUUAUAUUUGGAAAAAUCUAUAAUCCCGUGGUCUGUGUGGUAUAAUGUGUAGCCUGCAGAUAAAUGACUUUAGUGUGAACUUGAAUGACGAUCAGUGAACUGAAGUCAGUCACAAAAAGCAGGUAAACUGUUCUAAGGGAACUGUUGAUAGAUCUGUAUUGUACUCUGGGUUUAGGAAAAGCUUCAUAUCUUAUCUGUUUUCCACAUAAAGUACUUCCAUUUUUCCUCCUUGAUCACUACACUGACAAGAGCCAUUAGAUGGUGACACAGAGUUAUUCUCAGCAGAGUAAUGUUGUUUAAAAAACAGAAGUAAUGCGGAUGUCCGACAGCAUCCCACCCUGCAGCCUGACAUUUCAACAGCAUUCGAGUCAGCCUGCCUGGUUUAGUCUUCAGAAGUGCAUUAAGCUAUGCCACCUGGGAUGUGGCAGCAUCAUGCAUCUGACACUGUCUCUUCUCCCCUCAAAUCUUUAAAGUGAGCAUAACUAUUUGUGAGUCUCUUAGAAAUGGCUCAUCUUACAGUCAUCAGAAAGAGAACCCGGAGACCAGUUAGAGAUUCCCUUGUCCUACACGAGACAGAACUGAGGCUAAGUCAUUCGCCUAAAAAGAUCUCACAGGUCAGGGUGGCAGGACCCCUGCUACCUUGCCACACUGCUCAAACACUGGAUUCCACCUGAGACUGACAAAGAAGGCUUUCAUUAUUUUUAAAUGUAGUAGGAUUGUUUUGUCUUUCUCUUUUUGACUCAAGGGCUGACCAUUCACAGCAUAGAAUGGAGAGGCAGGUCCAUCUCAGACACCAGUUAAAGUUAGCACAACACCUUCAGACACUGGAUUCUGCUUUAAAACCAAGUCUCUCAAGAACUGACACAUGAUAAAGCUCUGGAGUACAUAUAUUCCCCCCCAAAA